CCUUAUAAAGUGUAAUAUUUAGGUUGCUUCAAUCAAAUUAAAGUCAUUUUACGAGUCAUAUUUAUGGACGACCCCUGAAUCCAACAACCAUGUGAGAAUUAAAGCAAGAGUUUCAUUUUGCCCUCAUGCACACCGCCAAGUUUUCGAAUUUUACUCUCAAUGUGAACCACGAAAUUUACGCAAACAAACAAACAGAACGGCGGAUUAAGUUUACGUCAAUUUGUACUAUAAUUUGUAAUUUAUUAAACAUUUUGAUUUUGAAAUGCUUACAUAAGUUUUGUCAUAGUUAGCAUAGCUGUCGUCUUUAUCAGUCGCUGGUUAGUAUUGCCCGUAGUGUAACAAAUAAAUUAUACAGAAUUAAUUUGAAGCUAUUUUAAUAUAAAUAUGGAAGUCGAAUUUGAACCGACGGAGGAUUGCUGCAUGUUGUAUGAAGCUGCAGUAGAAGAAAUAGCUCUGGAAGGUUUGGAUGGCAUUACUUUUCAAGGUUUGUGUGAGCGAUUAUCAGUCAGAGUGCACAAUCCGCUGUGCAAAGCUGAAGCUAAUCAAGUGCUAGAAACUCUUUGGAGCUGUCUUCUAUCUGACGUCCGGCUUCGGUUUUAUCUACUUGCACAUAGAAGACCAAUCCUACAAAUCUGGGAUCGGAACCAACAUCUUGAUCCAAAGGGAAAUGUGGAAGAACCGGCUGAUGCACCUGAAGAAAUUUACACAUAUAAAUGCAUAGAAGUGAAGGAUUCGAACGCAAGGAUAGCUAAACGUAGAGCGCAGCAGCAGUCAAAAAUUUGGAGGAAUCAAAAUCUCAGUAAGGAUGAAGUGGAUCGAAUUUCCAUUGGGCGACAACACAAUGCGGAAGUUAAGCUGGAAGGCAUACGAUUCUCAAAUUUAUCAUCGCCAGUAUGCACAUCUGAGAAAACAAAGGAUGAGAAACUAAAAAUUAAAUCUAGUCGUCCCAAUGACACACGAGGUCGUGGUGGUUGUACUGGAAGCGUUAGUACAAUUGCCACCAGGGGUUCUUGUCCCGAAUUUGAUACUAGGAAGGACAUUACAGACAUUUUGAGACAAAAACAAGUUUCAUAUGUGAAUGCGUUAAAUAUGAUGGGCAAUCGUUUGGUAAUUGUCGCUAGUCAAUUUUUGCGAGAAUCGUUACUUUUCCAAACUUCGAACCAAAUUGACAUUAAUGGCCUGCAGUACUGCGUUGUGGAACGAGUAGGUAGAGCAAGAUAUUUUGGGGAACAGGCUAGAGGAAAAACGAGUCUUACUGUGCUAGGUGUGGAUGCAAAAACUUUGUUUUACAUGAGAACGGUAUUGCUAGCUGAUGGAAUCAUUUCUAAGCAACCUCUUAUAAUGCGAUUUGGGAAUUCUAAAACUGCAACCCUCAUAUCCGUGUUUCACCUGCCUCAUUUUUUCUGUCGACAAGAACAUCCUGAAGCUGUGAAAAUCAGAAAAAUAUUUGCAUAUGUUUGUAAUGCACCCAACAAUUAUGUGGACUAUUUCAAGUUGCAAGGAAUCUUUGGAAAAUAUUUGAUGCGUACUUUGGUGGAUGAAUAUAAAGACUUUAUAAAAGUGGAUGAAGUACUCUUUAGUGUACUGUAUCCAGAAGAUUUGGAGAAUGAAAAGAAACUUUCAAAGAAAGACAAGCUAGCUAAGCGAAAAAUUCGUAUCAUAACUCUGCGAAAUCCAGACUUUGGGUUACGAGACUUGAUUCAGAAACAAUUGCGCAAGCAUGAAGCACAAGAUGAGGACGGUCCAGAUGGGAUAGGAUCAGGAGAACAGCAAGGUGUUGGUGAGAGCGAGGAUCCUACCUUUGAUUGGUCCUUUUGUUACGCUCCAGAGCAUGACCUAGCUCAUGAGUCAGAACUAUUGCAAAUUGUUCGUCUCCUAAUUCAACGAGGGCAAUUAGGAAUUAAGCAGCAAGAAUUAUCAGAGGAAAUGUCCAUGACAUCCUUGGACGCCCGAUCUGCCUUUCGUUACAUCCUCAGAUGGAAAAUAGCAAAUUCACACUUGGAAGACAUUGGGAAAACAAAAGCAAACUGUUUGACGUACUUCAAGUGCGGCGUAGUUAAACAAGAAAAAAAGCAAGUUGAGAGCAGUAUAGACAUAGAGGACGAUAAUAUGUCUGAUGCCGUAUUAGGAUUAAAAGAGGAACUAAUUUUGCCUGAUGUGGAAUCUACUCAAAUGCAAACGUCGUCGGUUCAGUCGGUUGGGCACGACGUAUCUGCUGACCCUGCUGCAAUUAACAAGAAUCCGUUUGUAUGGAAGUCUAGGAAGACUUUACCUCAACCAAUGCUGUCGCCCAAACGAAAUGAUCAAGAAGGCCUGUCUACGAUUGAUCCCUUGGGCACUUCGACGAAAAAAGAUUCAAAACAGAGGAAGAAUAAACGAACUGCCGCAGAUAUUGAUCUUCCACCUCCAAUAAUUAGAACAAAGCGUGUACGGGAUAACUGUGUAGAUUUCGUGGACGUUCAGGCCUCCAACUACCGAGAUCGACUACGAGCUGAUUGGAGUCCAGAAGAGGAUCGUGCACUUCUCUUUGUGUUCAUUGCCAGCGUUCUAUUUAUUCCAAGAUAUAAUUUGGAGAAGGUGUCUGUUUACAAUGCUAUACAGAUCAGAGAUAUUUUACAUCGACGACUGCCUGAAACCAAGGCCAAAACGUCUUCCAUUGUCCGCCGUAGAAUUCAUACCAUGUUUAAAUCGGUCAUGUUAUUCUCAAAAUACAGAACCAUGUUGGACAAAGCUCUACGAGACGAGAAGCUUUAUGCAACCUUAAUCGAACCACAUCUGCCUCCCCCGAGCAUUACAAUUUUCCAUAAAGUUUGUAAUUCUGCUUUAGAGUCUGUGAUCGAUUAUAUUACAAACAUGUUUGACCCCAAAAAAUCAGAGGAAUACGAAUCAAGUAAAAUACCCGACGUAGACAUACAAACAGAUUUAGAGACACUUUUGGAUUCACGUGAACUUCGAAGAAUGGAAAUGAUUUGGAUUGACGUGUGGUCAAAUGUUUUUCACUUAUUCUAUAAAAGUAAAAAAACGUUGACACCAAUUGUCCCAAUGCAACCAUUCGAAGUAAUGCAGCUACAGACUGAAGGUCUGGUUAUUGAAGAACAAGGACCAUCUUGGCUUCUUCCCUACGUUCCAUCAUCACCAACAGAUUCAGACGAACCAGACGAGCCUUGCACCUACACCGAAGACCAGCUCGAGUUUGCCUUUGACGUGGCUAAUACUCUUGUUUCUACGGCGGAUAAAGUAAUAAAUGAAGAAGCUCCGUCAUCUAGUUCUGACGAUGAUGAAGCAGACGAUGCAGCUCAGUCUUUUCCCGCAAAGAACAAUGGAGUAAUAAACCUAAAGAAGAAAGGACAAGGUGGUUAUGUAUCUGACCUUUGUAGUGGAGAUAGGAAUCCCUCCUCAUCAACCGAAGUGUUUGCCUGGACAUGUCGUACAAUAUUCAUGUCUGUGUUGCUGGGAGGUGGUGGUAGCCCAGAAUCUCUUCGAGGUUUCAUGUCCCCUAUAUCGGACACUUCCUUGGGUCGCUUAGCUAAUUCUCUACGUGCCCGAGGCGUUUUCACAAUGGUUAAAAGAAGCCGUAAAUUGAUAUUGACUAGUAGUAUGAAGAGAAAGUUGACAAACUACUUGCAUCCGAAUGCAUUUCGCACUGCGAACUUAUUGAUGACAUCUCUACAUCAGAAUUCACAUACUUCCUGCUCAACGGCUCAUGUUAGAAAUAUUGGGACUGCUUAUCUCCUUGCAGAAAUUGGGCCCUUGGUCAACAUUAAUUACAUCAUGCCAAGUAGCAUAAUCACAGUGAGGGAAGAAUGGCGUGAGGAUUAUGAAUCAAUUCUUUCUUCCCAACAAGUUGCGGCUGCUGAAGGAAGCGAAGAAAUUGCUCUGCGCCUCCUACGGUUCCGUCUCAAUGCAGAUACUUCAAAGUCCAGAUUAGUGGAAAAAGAUUUCUUUGAUAUCAACCUUCCACAUAUUGAGGUCAAUUCGAAACCCCAAGUGUCUUUCGAUGCACUUGUUUAUGGAGAAGGAGCUCUCGGAACGGAAAAGCUUGUUUUGGAACGUAUCCUACUUCACACGAUUCCAUACGAUGCUCAACGUGGUGUGAUUGGUGCCCAGGAUCCGAUAGUACUUGGAAGUUAUGAGGGAUUGUAUAAGCUUAUUGACAUUACCGAAGAUGUUGGCAUUUCCGUCGUUUUUCUCCUUAAACAUUUCAAACGGACGGAGCUCAGACUCGGACUCGAUUAUUUGAUGGAGAAUCAAUACAUAUACUGCGUUGGAGUUCGGAACAGAAAAUUUGUGACGUCUCGUCAUAUGGAAAAGUGGUCGUUACUUAUUGAUGGAGAUGACACUGCAGAUGUCGUUUCGUAUCCCAAGAGAAUUGUAAGCCGCACUUGGAUUGAUUCAUGUGGGGAAAUUAACUGGAAACUUGUGGACCGCGUCAUGGUUGGAUUGCUUGGUCACUUGCAUCGGCAUUCUCAACUUUUUAUCCAGCAACUUACUCAAUCAAUGACACCACUUCUUUCUCCAGUUGAAGUUCUUAUAUGCAUUUUUGCUCUUAAAGAACUGCAAAUUGUUGAUGUGUUCAAAUUUCGUGAUAUAAAACCUGGACAACGAUUCAACUUUUUUUCAAAAUGGGACAAGAUUGAAGAAGAGUAUGAUGAUGAUGAUUUAGAAGCUCCAAUAAAAGACUAUUCGGUUGACCUAUUUUUUGACUUGGAACAACUCUGGAUAGAACUGAUGCCAUUUGAUGUGUCAAAAUAUGCCAGAGUUCAAUCCAUAAUCCUUCCUGAGACCGACGACCCAGACGAUGAUGAUGAUUGCAGUAGCUUUGACCCGGAAGAUGUUGAACUUAUAAUUGGUCAUCAGGAGUAUAGAGAAGAAGACGAGGACGAAGAACUCCUAACAUGAUAUAUUUAUGACAGAUAAUGUGACAAAUAGAUAAUAUUGCUAUUGUUAGGAUAGUUGCAUCGAUCUAAUCAAAUUGACGACUGUCACGACUGACUAUGUUUACCAUGGUACAUGCUCAUUUUAUGAAUAUGUUUAUGCAAAACCUUUUUUUGUAAAACUUUUAAAGUUGAUGCUCUAUUUAUUUAAUGUAACAAUUAAAGUUAGUCACGAAUAAAGAGUACGUUUUUUGGGGGAUUUCCAACAAAAUAAAAUUG